UGAAAAUUGUCACUUUCACAUUGGCCACAUCAUCAUCAACAUUAUUCACUCGAGUAGUAGUAAAGGGCUCAUGAGUAUUAGGACUAUUUUAAUGUGUUAAAUUAUCAUUUUUUUAGAUUUUUGUAUUUAAAAAUGAUACUUUAAGUGAUUUUAAUCAAAUUAAUAAUCAAUUUGACUACUUUCCUAAGGCGAAGUGACGUCACGUGACUGAACUAAGAUCUUUUUCUGUUUCGAGUUACGUACGUGCCUUUAUGAAUUUGUCAGGAUGAGCGCUCCACCAACUUUGCUGGCAAGAGGAUUUGUGAAGCAGGUCAUCUCUGGGGAAUCAAUAGUUAUUCGAGGAAUACCGAAGGGCGGACCUCCUCCUGAGAAAACAAUAACCCUCUCAAGUGUCAAGGCACCCAAACUUGCGAAGAGAGCCACUUCAGGUUCUGAAGAAACUAAAGAUGAACCAUGGGCUUGGGAAGCAAGAGAAUUCUUGCGUAAAAAGCUCAUUGGCGAAUUUGUUGUCUGUUAUGCUGCUGAAAACAAACCUGCAGCAGCUGGAAACCGUGAUUAUGGCAUUGUAUACCUUGGCAAAGAUGGAGCCACCGGUGAAAACAUCAACGAAGCGAUAGUUGCGGAAGGUCUGGCCUCUGUAAGAGGAGGAGGGCCUGAGGUAGCAAAGCUGCAGGAACUGGAAGCUCAAGCCAAAGCUGCUGGCAAAGGGAUUUGGAGUUCGGAUGACCGUUCAUUGCAUGUCAGAGAUAUUAAAUGGUCAAUCGAGAACAUGAGAAACUUUGUGGACAAGUGUGGUAAUAAGCCGAUUAAUGCCAUCAUUGAGCACGUAAGGGAUGGAUCCACUGUCCGUUGCUUCUUGCUUCCUGACUUUUACCACAUAACAUUGAUGCUUAGUGGCAUAAGGUGUAAUGGGUUCAAACUGGACGCAGAUGGCCGACCAAACCUUACUGUCAAAGUUGAGUAUGCUGAUGAAGCAAGGUUCUUUGUAGAAUCAAAACUACUACAGAGAGAUGUGCAAGUCGUCUUGGACUCUGUCAACAACAACAACUUUGUUGGAUCCAUUCUCCAUCCGAAAGGGAACAUUGCGGAGUUGUUGCUGAGAGAAGGGUUUGCGCGUUGUGUUGACUGGUCCAUCGCAUUCAUGAAGAGUAGCAGUGCGGAGAAGUUGAGAGCAGCAGAGAAAUGGGCAAAAGAAAAGAAACUCAGAUUAUGGAAAGAUUAUCAAUCAAGUACACCACAAAUUUCAGGGAAGGAAAAGGAGUUUACUGGGACAGUAAUGGAAAUUGUCAAUGGUGAUGCGCUCAUGAUUAAACUUCCAAGUGGCCAAAUAAAGAAAGUAUUCCUAGCCAGUAUUAGGCCACCCAGAGAUGCCAAUAAUCCAGCUCCAGCUGCAGAUGGAACCCCACAGCCUUUAGCUCCGAGACCGAAAAACUUCAGGCCACUCUAUGAUAUUCCAUGGAUGUACGAAGCGAGAGAGUUUCUCCGCAAAAAGCUGAUCGGAAAGAAAGUUAACGUCAUCGUUGAUUACAAACAACCUGCUAGAGACAAUUUCCCAGAGAAGACGUGUUGUACCAUCACCAUUGCUGGAGUAAAUGUAGCCGAGGCAAUGGUAUCAAAGGGCUUGGCAACUGUGGUCAAAUACAGACAAGACGAUGACCAACGAUCCUCCCACUACGAUGCUUUGUUGGCUGCGGAGAUGAAAGCCCAGAAAAGUGGUAAAGGUCUGCAUGCGAAGAAGGAUACACCGAGCCACAGGAUAAAUGAUUACUCAGGGGAUGCACAGAAAGCCAAACAGUUACUUCCACACUUGAAGCGAGGGAACCGUAUCGAGGCGUUAGUGGAGUUUGUAGCGAGUGGCUCGAGAUUGCGAGUGUUCAUUCCAAAAGAAAGCUGUUUAGUAACAUUUCUCCUUGCAGGGAUUAACUGCCAAAAAGCCUCAAGACCUGCCCCUGGAGGAAAGAUUGUGGAAGGAGACCCAUUUGGCGAGGAAGCCUUGGCUUUCACAAAAGAGAGGUGUCUGCAGCGAGAGGUGGAGAUAACUGUUGAGAGCACAGACAAGGCUGGUAAUUUCAUCGGCUGGCUGUGGGUGGAGAACACCAACCUCUCUGUAGCCCUGGUCCAGGAAGGACUCGCUGAAGUACAUAGCUCUGCAGAGAGCUCAGAGUACUACAGACAACUCGUGAUGGCAGAAGAGGCUGCCAAAUCCUCAAAACUGAGGAUGUGGAAAAUGUUCAAUCCUGAUGAAGAAAAGGAAAAACAUGAAGAAGAACAAGUGACGGAGAGAAAAGUGGAUCCACAGAAAGUUUUUGUCAUCGAAACAACACCUGACCUUCACGUGUUUGUGCAACUAGAAGAGCAAGGGGCAAAGUUGGAGAACAUGUUGGGAAAACUCAGGCAAGAGCUAGCAGCCAAUCCACCACUUCCAGGAGCAUACACCCCCAAAAAGGGAGAUUUAUGCGCAGCCAAAUUCGUGGAAGACAACUUAUGGUACCGUGCCAAGGUGGAGAAAGUGAGUGGGGGCAAGGCUCAAGUGCUGUACGUGGACUACGGUAACAGAGACGAGGUCCCGUUCACUUCAUGCGGGCAGCUGCCGUCUAGCUUUGCAGUCGACAAGUAUUAUGCACACGAGUACGCUCUGGCCUGUGUGAAACUACCUCAGGAUCCUGACUACAUCAAGGAUGCAGUUGAAGCUGUGAAAUCUGACACAAUGAACCGGGCAGUGUUACUGAAUGUAGAGUACCGAAUCGCAUCGCUUCCAUAUGUAACCCUCACUGACGAGGCCACCAAUACAGAUAUCAUAGAGGGGCUCAUCAAAGAGGGUCUUCUUCUCGUUGAUGGAAACAAACGAGACAAGAGAAUACAGAAACUGAUCCAACAGUACACCAGUGCUCAGGAUGAAGCCAAGAAGGGGCACCUGGGGGUUUGGCAAUAUGGGGAUAUCACUGAAGAUGAUGAUAAGGAAUUUGGCCUCGGACGCUAACCUACACUAAUUCCUCAAGAAUUGACUCACAAAAUGCAGUACAGUACUUUGGGUUGAACAGUGACAUAAUAACUAUCUGUUAUAAUGUUAGGAGAAAUGAAGAUCUCAGGCAUUUAAAACAUAAUCAGACAUCAAUCAUUAUGCAUGUAAUUAUUGUUAUAAAUUCGUAAAUCUUCCAUUAACAUAAUGUUUUUAUAAUUUAUUUGUUUUCUAGACCUGUUCCGAAUUUUGGACUGGUUAGAGAUUAGUUUUAUUUUUAUUUUUUUUUGUGGUUUUAUUACCGAGACUGAUGAUUAAUUAUUAACGUUUGCUUAAAGCUAAUGUUUAUACGAAUGUUUUAUUUAUCGUUUAUGGAGUAUUUAUCUACACUGUUGUGUCCCCGUUGCAUUUCGAGCAUGAUUUUUAUAUGAAUAUAUUAAGAAAGACCAAUCGAUAGUUGAUUUCUGUAUCAGGGAUUUGUGGGCUGAGGCUGUGUGAAGAAGAAAACUUAAAACCA